CGCUUUUAUUGCGUGCUUUCCAUGAAAUGAUCAAGUGCGCAUUACAUGAUUUCUAUCUAUAGCAAUUUAAUACAGGGUAUCUAACUGAUAAUUAUUUAAAAUAUACUAUGAUGAAAUUAAAAUAUACAACAUAUGUUAAGAUACUAGUAAUUAUCGUGAUAUUUGAUACUGACUUCCUCUCCUGGAUUGCAAAACUGAUGUGAUCCGAAUGUGGUUUGAGAGCAAAAUCCCACCCUUCACUGUCCUUGACUGCGGAUUUCCUUUCAACUUAUUUGAACCAGUUCUACACACAAAAUGGGUCUUUUUUUUUAUUGUCGGAAAGGUAGAUGUAUCAACUUUGUCCUGGGGUAUCUUCACCUCUUAGAGCUCGGGUUAAAUGAAUUUAUCCUGAAAUAAAGUACAAGAUAAUCUUGAUCAUAGAUAUUUUCCUGGUAGGAAUAUGACCGAGUAAUAAUCAAAACACCAAAAAUAACUCAACGAUGAAAUAUUAUAUUCAAUUUCUGCCAAUUAUCAAGAAAUAACCUCAAAUGGUCUUUGUUUCGAGGGAGUAUUAUGGAUUAUAUCAAGAGAUUCCCACCAAAAUUACCCGCCUUUAAGCAAAUCAGUGAUAUUUUAACAACCUGUCGCGCUUGAUUAAUGACCAAUACUGUCACCAGCUCGAAGAACUACAGCCGGCAGUACCAGAAGCUCCGAGGAAUUUCCCAACGCAGCGGCGGAGCUCUGAAGACAUUAUUCUGACUUGCAAAUCUUAAUGAGUGUCAUUCAAAGCCUAUUUAAGCUGCUCUCAUGGAUUGCAAUUGUAGCAACAACUGUUGUUGACCUUGUUCCUCUAAACAGGCAUGGCCGAGUGUCCACAAUGAGAACUGAGCCUUCUGGAAGAGCCUUGAAAGAUCCUUCGUCUUCAAGACCUUUAGGUAACAGCGACAUAACUAAACUCCUGGAGGACCUAGACAAUCAAACGGAAGCCAUCAAGACUGGUCAAGAGAUAGGCGAAGAACUUUUAGGCGAGAAAAACCAUACCAGAUUAAAGGAAGAUGAAGUGGAAACAAUUGAUGGUAGUUUAUUUGAGUAUUCUAAUGAUGAGAGCAAAGGAGAAGACUUUCCAGCGGAAGUCAAAGAUGACUCCUCACAGGCUGUGAGUAUAACAGGAGCUCCUGCGCUGGUCGAUAGAGACGGAGUUCCAGACAAAACAACAGCCCUUGAGAGCGGGGCUUCUUAUUUAGCUGGCAAGCCCCUGUUGAUGCUCAAUAACAAAAGUGAAGACCUAGAUGUAAGCAAAUGGUUUCUGUACUACCCAAUCUCGACGGAAUCUGAUGAGCAAAGAGCAUAAUCAUUAAGCGUUAUUAUUGCAACGUAUAUGUAGUUGCGUACGUCGAACGGUAUUUGCGAGAACUACAUUUCUCUUGUUAGUUCUUUACCUCAUGAGAAGUCGAAUUUUGGAUAAGAAACAUAAGGUCUCAGCACUCGUUUAGGAGGUAAAGCACCUCGAGGAUAUCAGAAGUGAGUAUACCAAGUGAGCUAAAAAGCUACCUGGGAGUUGGUCAUUAUAUUGGUUCUUAAUAAAAGUGAAUUGAUGGAUAAA